AUGGCACAGCCUAGAGCAUCUACCGACGAGGAGAACGCUCCUCUCCUUGAUAACCCCGAUUCAUCCCCUUCUCAAUCACCGCUCAAAGCGAUAUUCUCACCUUCGCGACCACUCACGCUUUUAGAGAAAGCCUUGGGUGCUCUCGCGGUCGUCCUUUUGUUACUAGCAAGUGUCUUCGUUGGAUUGUUCGCUGGAGCAGAAGGAUCCCUCAAUAAAGAGAAAGGGAAACACGGUAAAGUAGAAUGGAAGACUGAAUAUAUAACCUCUACAAAGACUGCUACCACCACAAACUACGGUACAACUACCACAAGUCCUUCUCCUACUGGUAUACCAGAUAAGAAUCUUUGUCUUACUCCUGAAUGUGUUAUUCUAUCUUCAUCAAUCCUACAAUCACUCAACCAAUCUGUUGAUCCUUGUGAAGAUUUCUAUGAGUUUGCCACUGGAGGUUGGGCCGCUUCACACUCUAUUCCGGCUGAUAGAGGUUUAUACGGUGCUUUCAAUGAAGUGAACGACAACAACAAGAAAAUCCUCAUCAAAGUACUUGAUUCCAUCCCAUCUGAAAGGCCAAAAAAGGAUGCUAGUGCAGAAGAACAGAAUUUGGCUAAAUUGAAGGCUGUCUACAACAGUUGUAUCAACAUUGAACAUCUCAAUGAUGUUGGUCGAAAACCACUCGUCGAACUUGCGGAUCACAUCAUUCAUAUCUUUGGCGAGUUUGAUAUUGAUUCCAUUUCUCCUUCCGAAGUGUUUGACCAAUCAUACGAAUGGACGGGAACAUAUGACGAGUCUUACUCCCUUCCAAUCGAGCUUGUCGCUGCCGCUGAAAGGAGUGAAAAACUCCAAGAAGCUAAGAAAAAGGGGGCCGCACAUUGGGAAAUCCCUACGCCUAAAGAACCUAGUGUACAAGAAUUCUAUCAGUACAGACCUAAUGAAGAGAGGGAAAAGCGAAUCACCAAUACUCUCGCUUGGCUUCAUUCCAGAGGUGUACAAGGUCUUGUUAACUUUGAGAUUGAAGGCGAUGCUGGGGGUGAAGAUUCUCAAGUCCAGAGUUUAUGGUUAUAUCAGGCUUUCGGUGGUCUCCCUUCCAAGGAGUAUUACGAAGAGAAACCAAUCCUCGACUUGUAUCAAUCUGUCAUAUCUGGUAUCCUCACCGACCUAGCUGAACAUACUUCCGUUCGUCAAAAAGACGAGAAGCGUGACCUGUUAUCUGAUCUCGAAAUCGCAAUGGAGUCAGGUCAAGCGGAAGCCCAAGGUUUGAUUGAAGAAUUACUUGAUGUUGCCGAAGACGAGAGCUGGCCUUGGCCUUGGCCUGGAGAUGACAGAAAAGGUGAUGGCAAUGGUACUGGUGAUAAAGAUGGAGGGAAAACUACCAAGGAACCAGUCGACGAACGAAUGGAUAAACUCGCUUCUCAGGUUGUUCAUUUCGAAAGAGAACUUAUGAGAGCAGGUGCCGAUCCUGAAUACCUUUUCAACCCUCAUUACGCAUAUAACCCUUAUUCAACCAAAACCGUUUCAAAGAUGUUGCCUUUCCUUGAUAUCCCAACUUAUCUAUCAAGUUUCGCACCAAGAUCUUUCCCCGCAAAUAUCACCGUCACCCAUCCACCAUACUUGAAAAGCGUUACCAAUCUCAUUGACAAAACUCCCGAUCAUGUUCUUUCGGGAUACUUCGUCACUCGAUUAGCUCUUACCUACGCCGGUGCUUUAGGUCCUAAAGUCACUAUUCGUCAAGAGAAGAAGAGACUCGAGGAUGUUCUCAAAGGAAUCAAGAAAGGUACUGAAGAGAAUAGACAGGAUGUAUGUCUCAAUUGGGUGGAUGAGAUUAUCGGUUUCAUCGCUGGUCGUGAAUUCGUUAGAGAGGCAUUCUCACCCGAAGCUAAGGCCGAUGGUGAACAUAUCAUCCGAGCAAUCGUUAAAGCUUUCACCGAAAAGCUUCCUCAUAUCUCAUGGAUGGAUGCAGAAUCAGCUAAAGCCGCUCAAAAGAAAGCUGGAGCUAUCAUACCUAAAAUUGGUUACCCGCUUUCACCCAAUACAACCGACCCUACAAGCUUGCAGAAUUGGUACGGAAGGUUGACGAUUGACGAACGUGAUUUCUUCGGAAAUGUGCUCAGCUCCACUUUACUGGAAGAAACCAGAACAUGGGCGGGUUUAGGAAGGAGAAGGAACAGAGAUUCUUGGGAGAUGUACCCUCAAACUGUGAAUGCUUACUACUCCCCUCCUGAUGGAGAGAUCGUCUUCCCAGCCGGUAUCUUGCAACCACCAUUCUAUUCUCAAUCGUGGCCUGCUCAUCUUCGAUUCGGUGCUUUCGGAGCCGUCGCUGCUCAUGAGCUUACUCAUGCUUUCGACAAUUCGGGUAGUCAAUAUGAUGAAAAGGGUCGGUUGAGAGACUGGUGGACUAAGCAAACGGUCAAAGAUUUCGAAGAGAGAGCACAAUGUGUCGCCAAGCAAUACUCCAAGUACUACGUACACGAUGCUGAUGGCAAGAAAGUAUAUGUCAAUGGUAAUCUCACAAACGGCGAAGACAUCGCGGAUUCGGGACUCGCACAAGCCUUCCUUGCAUGGAAGAACACGGUAUCAGAUUCGAAAUCAAAGGACUCAGAGAAAUUACCAGGACUCAAUUUCUCAGACGAACAAUUGUUCUUCCUUGCUUACGCUAGAGUAUGGGCUCAAUUGACCCGACCUGCAACUGCCGUAUCGAGGAUCAGAACAGAUCCUCAUUCUCCACCCAAUUGGAGAGCAGUAGGAACAUUGAAAAAUCUAGAUGCGUUCCAUAAAGCUUUCGGAUGUAAAGUUGGGAGUGGAAUGAAUCCUCCUAAGAAAGAUCAAUGUGAACUUUGGUAA